UACAUCAUCAUCUCUUCUUUAAUUUAGCUCCUUUGCUUCUUGGCUGAUGUUUACUCAUCACCCUUUCUUUCCAACACACAAAUCAAACAAAGCUAGCUAAGAUAACUAGUAACUAAAAAUGGUGUUCUCUUCUCUUCCACUCUACCAACUUGAUCCCCAGAAUUGGCAUCAGCAAUCAAAUGACCAUCAACAACAACAACAACAACAACCACCGCUACUCUCGGCUCAUCAUGACUCUAACGGUGGGCAGCUUCCACCAGGGCAACCCAAUCACGGAGGAGAUGGCGGUGGUGGGUCGAUUACUAAGCCUAAUUCAAUGGUUGAUCGAGCUCGUCAAGCUCAAAUUCCACUUCCCGAGGCAGGUCAGAAAUGCCCUCGUUGCGACUCUACAAACACCAAGUUCUGUUACUUCAACAAUUACAGCCUCUCGCAGCCUCGACACUUUUGUAAGACGUGUAGGCGGUACUGGACUCGUGGUGGGGCCCUUAGGAAUGUUCCUGUAGGUGGCGGGUCUCGCCGCACUACUAAACGAAGCAAAUCAAGGAGUAGCAGCAGCGGCGGCGGUGGUGGUGGUAGUAAUAAUGAAGCGUCGAGAUCUCCGAUGAUAAGUACUUGUACUACUACAAAUUCAGGAGGGUCAUCUUGUUCUACAAGUUUAUUUUUAACCCCUAAUAAUAAUAAUAUGAUGAAUAUUAUGCCUCAGUUUCCAUUUCUACCCUCAUCCUUGCAUCAUCAUCAUCUAGGGAACUCAAACCCUAAUGGCAUAGGGUUGAGUUUGUUGGGUGGUGGAGGGGUAGAAAUGGAAUUCCCUUUUAUGGGAAAUAAUUUUGAAGGUCUUGGAAGAAUUAAUGGGAUGAUGCAACAUAUGCACCCUUUUGAUCAGAACAACACCACCACUCCUGGGAGUAGUGUUGAGCUCUUGGGUGGGAGACUAAUGCCUAACCACCACCACCACCACCACCACAACGCCGCCUUUCAGUCAAGGCCGCCAUUGGAUCACGAGGUCGGCAUUGAUGAUCGAUCAGUAGCAUCAGUUAAACUCGAGGACUCACAAAGGCUAAGCUUAUUAGCAAAGGAUUUCGAGGUUGUUCAACCAAAUGAGCAUCAUCAACAUCAAUACAACAAUUGGAACUCGAGUGUGUGGAGUAAUAGUGAUAUUUCUGGAUUCACUUCUCCAUCUUCAACUAGCCAUCUUUUGGGGUAAUGUUAAAGUUAGUGUUCUAGGAUUAUUAUUAGUUAAAAAUUAUUGUAGUGGCUAGUUAGUCGAUCUACUUAUCUAUGAUUGGAGUGACUUAUUUGGGUUUGAUUUCUUUCAUUUGUUGUAUUUUAAAAGAUUAGAUUAUGUUUAUAGGGUUAAUUAGCUAGUUAGUUAGGUUCAUUAUGUAUGUUUGUUAUAUCAUGACAUGAAAAUAGGAGGAUUGUCAUGAUCUUUACUAUUAUUGACCAAUUAGCUAAUCUUGGUUUGAAAUCUAGCUAAUUAUAUAAACACUAUAAUAUCAUAUAUAGAGUUGUGUUUCGAAAUUUCACUAUUA